AUGGCCUCGACGUAUGAUCUUGUGAACUAUGACUCCGACGAGGAGAGAGAAAGGCAUCCUAUUGUCCCCUUCGCUAACCUCGCGUCCGCUGCUUUUUUCAUGGCUGGCUUGUUGGAACAGGCCGGGAUUACUUACGGACUAAUGGGUGGGCUUGCGGUCGCGUUCUUGGGCAGCAACCGAGCCACUCGGGAUGUUGACAUGGCCUUCCAGGCAUCUGGGAAAAUGCGGGACAUUUGGAGGAUUGUGGAACCCGAGCCACGUUUGAUAAUCCCGAACACCAAAUUGGUCAGUAAUAUUGUGAAGGUAUUUGUUCGCACUGGCCCAAAUUACGAUGGUUGCGUAAACGUGCUACAUGUCGAGGUUGAUCUUAUCGAGAGUGGUAAGUUUGUGACUACCUAA